CGCGUGGCCAGCGGGGCCCCGGAGGCAGGAGCUGUGGCCUGUGGCCCAGGCCGCCCUCCACCCCCAGCUCAGAGCCCUGCCCCGCGGGACCAGGCCAAGCCCGGAGGCCGGCUUGGGCCUUCAUGGGGGACCGGUAGGCCAAAGGCCCUGGGGGACAGAGGUGGCUGGGCCGGCGACCCGGGGCUCCAGCCAUGAAGUCUCGGCAGAAAGGAAAGAAGAAGGGCGGCUCGAAGGAGCGGGUGUUCGGGUGUGACCUGCAGGAGCACCUGCAGCUCUCGGGCCAGGAGGUGCCCCAGGUGCUCAGGAGCUGCGCCGAGUUUGUGGAGGAGCACGGAGUGGUGGACGGGAUCUACCGCCUCUCGGGCGUCUCCUCCAACAUCCAGAGGCUCCGGCAGGAAUUUGAGGCAGAGCGGAAGCCGGACCUGCGGCGAGAUGUUUACCUGCAAGACAUCCACUGUGUGUCCUCCCUGUGCAAGGCCUACUUCAGGGAACUGCCGGACCCCCUGCUCACUUACCGGCUCUAUGACAAGUUUGCUGAGGCUGUGGCGGUGCAACUGGAGCCCGAGCGCUUGGUCAAGAUCCUAGAGGUGCUUCGAGAGCUCCCCGUCCCAAACUACAGGACCCUGGAGUUCCUCAUGCGCCACUUGGUGCACAUGGCCUCGUUCAGCGCCCAGACCAACAUGCACGCCCGCAACCUGGCCAUCGUGUGGGCUCCCAACCUGCUGAGGUCGAAGGACAUCGAGGCCUCCGGCUUCAACGGCACGGCGGCCUUCAUGGAGGUGCGCGUGCAGUCCAUCGUGGUGGAGUUCAUCCUCACGCAUGUGGACCGGCUUUUUGGGGGCGCUGCCCUCUCCGGCGGUGAGCUGGAGGCUGGCGGAUGGAGAUCCCUUCCUGGGCUCCGGGAGUCGGGCAGCCCCGAGGACCUCAUGCCCAGGUCGCUGCCCUACCACCUGCCCAGUGUCCUGCAGGCUGGCGAUGGUCCCCCCCAGAUUCGGCCUUAUCACACUAUCAUUGAGAUCGCAGAGCACAAGAGGAAAGGGUCCUUGAAGGUCAGGAAGUGGAGAUCCAUCUUCAACCUGGGUCGCUCCGGCCAUGAGACCAAGCGCAAGCUUCCACGGGGGGCUGAGGACAGAGAGGACAAAUCUGAUAAGGGGACCCUGCGCCCAGCCAAGAGCAUGGACUCCCUGAGCGCGUCGGCCGGGGUCAGUGACGAGCCGGAGGCGCUGCUGGCACCCAGCAGCCCCCAGCCCAGCUCACUGAUGCCUGAGCAGCUGGAGAACGACUGUGCGGAGGGAGCAGAGGGUGAGGCGGAGCCUGAGGCCGAGACCCCGGGCAGCACGAGCUCCGAGCCAGGAACACCGCGAGCGGGGCGGUCAGCAGUCCGUGCCGGGGGUGGCAGCCGUGCAGAGCGCUGUGCAGGCGUCCACAUCUCAGACCCAUACAAUGUCAACCUCCCCCUACACAUCACCUCCAUCCUCAGCAUGCCCCCAAAUAUCAUCUCGAACGUCUCCUUGGCCAGGCUCACCCGGGGCCUGGAGUGCCCUGCCCUACAGCCCCGGCCAAGCCCUGCCUCUGGCCCCGGCCCCGGCCCCGGCCCCGGCCCCCCAGACGAGAAGUCGGAGGCAAGCUCAGCUCUGGGUGCCCUGGCGGACGAGGGCGCGGAGGGCGCGGCCCCGGCCCCAGAGGACUGCCUGUCCCAGGAGGUGCAGGACUCCUUCUCCUUCCUCGAGGACUCGAGUGGCUCGGAGCCCGAGUGGGUGGCGGGGGAGGACGGGGCGGUGGCCGAGGCUGGAGCGUCAGGGGCAGCCUUCUCCCCCGGGGAGGACGACCCAGGGAUAGGCUACCUGGAGGAGCUGCUGGGAGCGGGGCCUCAGGUGGAGGAGUUCUCCGUGGAGCCGCCCCUGGACGAGCUGUCUCUGGAUGACGCCCAGUUCGUCCUGGCUCCCAGCUGCUGCUCCCUGGACUCGGCCGGCGCCGGCUCCGCAGCAGAGGAGAACGGGGAGGAAGUCUUCCUGAGCGCCUACGAUGACCUAAGUCCCCUUCUGGUGCCCACAGCCCGGGGCUGGGAGGACCCGGGUGCUCUGGGGGAAGAAGCAGCUGGGCACGGGAGACCGGAGGCUCCGGGACAGGCCGAGGGGGGGCAGCCAGCCUGGGAAGCAGGGGAGGACAUGGGGGCUGAGGCUGGCAGCAGCUGGGACGGCAGCGAGGAGGCUCAGGGGAGUUCGGAGAGCAAGGUGGAGGCCGCAGAGGCAGGUGAGGCGGACGGGGACGCUGGGGGAAGCCAAGAGAUGGCGGUCAGUCAGAAGGAAGGGAGUGGGGGAGAGACAGAGACCGAGGAAGAGGAGGCUGAACCCAAAGGUCCGCAGGAGGAUGCGUGUGCGGAGGAGGCUGCCGGUGCGGAGGAGACAGGAGGAGGGCAGAGUAACGACCAGAGGGAAAGAAAGCCUGAGGGACAGGAGGAGGCCGAGGCCGGAGGGGAAGCCUGGGCGGGAGCUGGAAGGGACCCGCAGCAGAGGGUCCGCGAAGGGCACGCUGCCGAGGGCAGCCGGGAGGCGGCCCACGCCCCAGAGGCUGUGGGGGGCAGCGGGGAUGAGGGUGAAGUCAGAGGGGGGCGGCAGGACAGAGACCAAGAGGCACAAGGAGGCGGUGGAGACGGGGGCGCAGCCGCCGCCGCGGAAGGAGGGGCCGGGGAGGUCAGCAACGGCCGGGAGAGCGGGGACGGCGAGGCGGAGGGGGAGCAGGGGCCGGGAGGGGCCCGUGCGGGAGGGGGCUUCCUCCCAGAAGAGUCACUUGUGCUGUGCCUGGAGGUGGACAGCGCCAAAGAGGGCGAGGACCCGGCCCCUGGGACAGAACAGGCGGCCCCGCAGCCGCCUCGGCCAGAGGAAACGGGGCCCGAGGGCUGCGACCCAGGCCCCGGCCCCGCGAGCGCCGCGGGCAGUGUGGGCAUGCGCCUGGCUUCCACGCUGGUUCAGGUGCAGCAGGUCCGCUCCGUGCCGGUGGUGCCCCCCAAGCCGCAGUUUGCCAAGAUGCCCAGCACCAUGUGUAGCAAGAUCCACGUGGCACCUGCAAACCCGUGCCUGAGGCCGGGCCGCCUGGAUGGGACUCCUGGGGAAAGGGUUUGGGGGUCCCGAGCCUCCCGCUCCUCCUGGCGCAACGGGGGCAGCCUUUCCUUCGACGCUGCCGUGGCCCGGGCCCGGGACCGCCAGAGAACUGAGGCUCACGGAGUCCGGAGGACACAGACCUGCACCGGGGGCGAGGACUGCAGCCUCGCCCCCAGAGCCUGUCCCUCCAGCCUGGGCCCCGCGCACGGCGCCCGGCCCCUCAGCUUCCUGGAGCUCCCCGCUGAAGGCACGGAAAGGUCUGAACCCCGGAGCCGGUUUAGUCUGCCCGCCAGGGAAGCCCAGGCCCCCCCCACCCUUGUGCCCCCUCAGCGCCGAACAUACGCAUUUGAGACGCAGGCUAACCCCGCGACGGGCGAGGGGCUAUGA